CUGCAGGCAGCGUGCGGGCACUUUCUACAACGUCUGACUCUACGGCAAUAUCCUGUCUGUUCUGCAGUAUCUCGUACACCAUGGCGGACAACUUGGAGAACUCACUCGCCAAAAUACGUCCUCAUACUUCGUCCUCACUACCUCACCAAAAGACACCUGCGACCCUCCUGCACGCUCUCGAAGCGACCUUCCGCGAGCAGAACACCCAACCAUCUCCUACCGCCUACUUUGCUGCUCUUUUGACCACACUCGAGGGUGUUUUGCAAGCGGCGGCCGCAUCUGGACCACCGCUGGGCGACGGAGAUGUCCUACCUGCGGUCCUCUAUCUCCUUGCGCUGGUCACACCGCACGUUCCGCAUCCUGUCAUAAGGACUCACUUAGACACCACAGUAUCCCUCACAUCAGCACUGUUCCCAACGUUGGCUUCGCAUGCACCGCCGUUGCGAUCCCAGUUGGGUCUAUACGGUGCGAUCUUCCAGGCUCUCGAACGUCCGCAGCUAGAAUUCCAAGGCCUCCGCCAAUCUUUCAGUUUCAUCCUACAACUCACGCUCGAUCCGCGCCCAAAAGUACGGAGGAAGGCAUCGGAGAUAAUCAAAGAUGUCCUUGCGAACCCUCCGUCUCCGUUGCUCCAGCAUCCUUAUGCUCAGCGAGUAGCGGACUGGAUUAUCUCCGCUCUGGCUGAGGUGAACACAGGUGCUCCGGUCAAGUUCAAGGGGAAAAAGGUUGAGACAGAUAAUCCGGACACCACGAUUCAAUUGCUCGCAUUCUUGCGCCCUGUGCUCCCCACAUUACCCGCUGAUUCCCUUCCUUCUAUAACAUCAUCCCUCCUCCUGCUCCCACGACUCGGGAACCCUUACCUUGCACAAUCUGCGUACUCUAUACUCUCGGAUCUACUCAGUGCGGCCGUAGACGACCCGUCUAGUGGCAUUCGAGAACAGCUUUCAGACAUCCUCGAUGCUGUCCUCUCGUCUUCCCCCGCCAAGACUGACACUGUGCUCGCGCCUAUAUGGGCGGCGGUCCUCGGAAAUGCCAUCCUCGCGCUUCAGGCGACUGACUCAGAGAGGAGUGCAAAAGAUGUGGGCAAGGCGUGGAAGACGGUUUGGCCAUUGCUCGAAUUCCAGGAUGCGGAAGCACGGAAAGCGGCUGCUCAAGCUCUCAGUCAAAUCGGGCAAUGCUUCACACCUUUGCUCAUCAAUGCAGCGCUUGCGGAAAAGGCUGGCCAGGAAAAGACGUCCGCCAUCGGCAAGAUGAUUGCACAGACAACGAAAGCUCUUGACGCGCUAAGCUUUGCUCGCUCGAUACCCGAGGUGCUUAUGGUUGUAUCGUCGCUCAUCGAGAAUCUGAGGUAUCGCGGCGACUCGACUCGGAGGACCGCCCCGACCGCAGCCGAGCAGCUCCUCUUACCACUCAUCGCGAAGGUGGGUGACCUCAGGAUACAGAAGACUUUCGAGUACAAGGAGGCUGCCGAUGCUACCUUGAGCACGGCUAUGCGAGUCGUGGGCCCAGAGGUCCUGCUCAAAGCUCUGCCGCUCAACCUCGAGCCAGCAGACAGACAAGCUGGUCAUGAACCGCGUGCCUUCCUCCUCCCUCUCCUCUCCCAGCCACAUCCCUCGCCGUUGGGUCACUUCCUCGCGUAUUUCGUCCCGCUCACCGAGCGCAUGUUCGACCACCAACAAACUGCGGAGAGCGCGGGCCGCAAGUCCGAGGCGAAGGUCUGGAGCGUACUCGUCGAGCAAAUCUGGAAGGGUUUGCCGGGUUACUGCUGGGGACCUCCAGAUUUGCAGAAGGCCUUGACACCAGAGUUUGCCCAACUUCUGUCACAGCUGCUCUACACUCAAGCUGAGUUGCGCCCUGCAAUUCUUCGAGCACUCAAGACAUUGGUAGAAUCGAACUUAGCUAUCGCUUCUGGGGACCUCGCCAAGCUCCCGGAAUCGGUGCGGGCCGAUACAAUCUCAAGGGACGAGGCUGAGAAGAAUGUGAAGUCCCUGCGCGGGCAAGCAGAAAGCUGGCUUGGCGUACUCUUCAAUGUGUUCAGCAGCGUGGGCAGAGACUCGCAGGGUAUGGUAGGUGAUGUUGUCAGUGUAUGGGCGGGGAUCGCUGGCGAGCAGGAGAUCGCCAGGGCUUACAUCAAGCUCGUCGACCUGUUCAAACAGAACCUGGCAAAGACAAGCAGGGCGGCGGGGCCAAAGGACGCGGAAAAUAUCACCGCCGUGACGCAGGACCUCCUCAUACUCGUCCUGCCUUACCUGUCUUCCGUGGAUGCUACGGCGCUCUUCGACCUGUGCCUCAAGAGCGAGGUGCUCGAGAGCAGGGACAACGGCGUGCAGAAGCGCGGAUACAAGAUCCUCACAAAGCUUGCGGAUGGAGGGAAAGCGAGUGUGGACGCUGAGGCGGUGCUGCAGCGAUUAGACGGGGUCGUUGACGGUUUGGCGGCAGCUGCUAAGAAGGACCGAUUCCAUCUGCUUACGCGCCUUGCACUACUCAUCCCGCCUGCACACCUGCACCUGCUGUUGUCUAUCAUCCCGGAGGCCGUGCUGGGUACCAAGGAACCAUCAGAGAAGGCCCGUAAUGCUGCGUUCGACCUGGUUGUCGUGAUGGGCAAGAAAAUGAAGGAGGGUGGUGUGGUCAAGCGGGGUGCAGUUGACGCCAUGGACCAGGAUGAUACACCAGAUGCCACUGCUAGUCUGGACGAGUACAUGACGAUGAUCGCUGGUGGACUGGCCGGAGCGACACCGCACAUGAUUAGCGCGACCGUUACGGCCAUCUCUCGUCUCGUAUUUGAGUUCAAAGAUUCUCUCUCUGCCCAGAUGUUGAGUGAGAUAUUCACCACCCUCCUCGUCUUCGUCACCUCGGCGAACCGUGAGAUCGUGAAGUCCGUCCUCGGGUUCGUGAAACUCGCGAUCCACACAAUGCCGACCGACCUGCUGCGCCCGCAUAUUCAGGAGCUCGUCCCCGCUCUCCUCCGCUGGUCGCACGACCACAAGAACCACUUCAAGGCGAAGGUUCGCCACAUUUUCGAGCGCAUGAUUAGGAGGUUUGGAUGGGAGGACGUAUACGCUUGUGCCGGCGAGGAGGAGGCGCGGAAGGUGCUAGUGAACAUCAAGAAGAGGAAGGACAGAGCGAAGAGGAAGAAAGCUAUGGGCGCGGAGAACGAUGAUGACGAGGAACCUGCGCCGAAGCGGACGGGUGGAGACGCUUUCGAAGACGUGUUGUACGGGAGCGAAAGUGAGAUCGAUGAUAGCGAUGACGAGGUACCCGCGGCUCGUAACAAACGGUCUGAGAAGUCCAAGAACAACGCGGGAGGGGCCCGUAUUCGGAUGGACGACGAUGAACCGAUGGAUCUCUUGCGUGGUGCAGCGACUCGUCUUACGAAUGCCAAAGGCGACAAGCGGCGGAAGCCAGGCCAGGAUGCUACUCACUUUAAAACGGACGACGACACCGGCAAGAUGGUCAUCGACGAAGCGGAGGAUGAGACGGAUGACGGUGUGACGGCAGACGAUGCUUACAAGGAGAGUUUGACUUCAGCGGACGGUUUCACUCGUGGUCCCAACGGACGCGUCAAGUUCAACAAGGACACGAAGAAGCGGCGGCGAGAGAAUCAGGACGCCGGCGAAGAUGUCGAGAUGGGCGAGGCGGAUACGGCUGGCGGAAAGAAGAACAAGCGGAGAACGGAAGCCAAGCUUGGACAAGAAUUCAGAGCUAAGAGAGCGGGAGGAGAUGUCAAGAAGGGCGGUGUAGAGCCAUACGCCUACCUGCCGCUGUCGCAAGCGGCCAAAAAGCAAGGACGUAAACACGUUGGAGUUGCUGGGAAAAGAUGAGGUGGACCGUUCACAGUUGUGCUUGUAUCCAUUUUGUUUUCUGGGAUCCAUACGUUUUCGCAGUGCA